UCGCUGAGUACCCACUCACACUCCUCAUAAAUACCUCACUUCACCUACUCAUCGCGUUCCAAAAUGUUGAAAUCGCUUCUAGCAUACGCACUCCUCGCUUGCCUCUUCCAGGGCUACCUCCUCCUCGAUCGUAAUGAAAUCGUCGCCGAGUACCAACCCUUCUUAGACAACAAAACCAUCGACUUCACCGAUGCUUAUAACCUCUCCGCCAAAGAAUACAGCCUCAUCAUAGCCCAAAUCAAAAACAACACAUGGACGGCCGUCGCCACCAUGACCUCCCAAAUCGCAACCAUCAAAGCAACCAUCGUCCAGGCCCAGAACAUCUCUGAAAAUAAUACAGCGGCCUUGAAUUGUCUCACCAGGCAACAAACCGCCGCCAAUGAUCUCACCCCCGUUCCUAUCAAUUCCACGUGUUGGGUGGGGGUUACUUACCCGGAUUUCGCUGCCGCUAGGGACGCGAUAGGGACUCUGGCGGGAAUACCGGCUAUCACUAUAAGCGCCUGUACCACCUUGAACCCGCUACCCAACCAAGACGAGCUGUUUUUGAAUUGUAUCACCGACAAGAUUUUAGAUCUGGAUGAGCAGUUCGAGCAACUGGAGAGCAAUUUUACCGAGGUUAGGACGGACACCAUCAACACGAGUGUGGAGUGCAUAUCGGACCAAAGCGCUUUGAUCACGUCGAAGAUCGUGGAAAUUAACUUCCAAGUCACUCUGUGCUUGUCUCUGAACUAGCAUGUAGCUAUAGGUGUAAAAAUAAAAAAUGUUUCCUAAA